CAUCAGAAACCAGUUUAGAAAAAUCCCCGUUGAAGAGAGAGGAAGGUCUGGUGCAUGUCACCUACUGAGCCGAAGUUUGGAAGACAACUUUCAUUUCGCGGCGCAUCCCGAGGUUCUGCAACACGUUAUUUUGCGCACCGAGGAUACACGCGCCAUUAAAAGUUUUGCUUUUUGGGGCAUUUGAACUGGACUUGUUUUGUUGAUGAUGAUGGCCACUUACCAAAAUCCGGACGAUGACGCAAUGACCUUAAUGAUCCAAGAAACCAACACGACCAAAGAGAAAGAGCGACCCAAAGAGGAGCCGGUCCAGGACAAAGUCCCGGAGAAGGCGGAUCCGUCCCAGAAACCGCCGUACUCCUAUGUCGCUCUCAUUGCCAUGGCCAUCCGGGAGAGCUCCGAGAAGCGCCUCACUCUGUCCGGUAUUUACCAGUAUAUAAUCACCAAGUUCCCCUUCUAUGAGAAAAAUAAAAAAGGUUGGCAGAACAGUAUCAGACACAACCUGAGUCUCAACGAAUGCUUCAUUAAAGUUCCGCGGGAGGGCGGCGGGGAGAGAAAAGGGAAUUACUGGACACUCGACCCAGCCUGCGAGGACAUGUUUGAGAAGGGGAACUACAGGAGACGCCGCAGGAUGAAGCGGCCGUUUAGACCUCCACCGACGCACUUCCAGCCGGGGAAGUCCUUGUUCGGAGGAGACGGCUAUGGCUACCUGUCCCCACCCAAGUACCUGCAGUCUAGCUUCAUGAACAACUCUUGGUCGCUAGGCCAGCCGCCCACUCCGAUGUCCUACACAUCCUGUCAGAUGGCCAGCGGCAACGUGAGUCCAGUGAACGUGAAGGGACUGUCAGCCCCGUCAUCUUAUAACCCUUACUCCCGGGUGCAGAGCAUGGCGCUCCCCAGCAUGGUGAACUCUUACAACGGCAUGAGUCACCAUCACCAUCCCGCGCAUCCCCACCAUGCCCAGCAGCUGAGCCCGGUCACAGCGGCACCACCUUCGGUCUCCUCCAGUAACGGAGCGGGCCUUCAGUUCGCCUGCUCCCGCCAGCCCGCGGAGCUCUCGAUGAUGCACUGCUCUUACUGGGAACACGAGACCAAACACUCGGCGUUACACACGAGGAUUGAUAUUUAAAGUUUGCCAAAUGGUCUGUGUAAAAAAAUGAGGACUGAGAGUGAGAGUUAAUUCCUGUGAUUUCAAAAACAGAGCCAAGAGUAUUUUUAAGAGACCUUUCUGACGAGCUGCUUGGGUCCAGCUGACAUCUAUAAUUGCCGAUGGGGAGAUACAAAAUGGAAUCGGGAGGUAAAGAAGUCAUCAGGACACAUCAGGUAGCACAAACUCUGGGAGCCAUUUCGUGCGCCUGUAUUUCACUUGGACUGAUGGCCAUAACUCGGUAUUGUAGUCAUAAUUGUGCCUAUGAGAAGAUUUUAGUUUCCACGGGGAUAGACAUUGCUGAUAUUGCUUCAGCUGUGUGUUAUUGUUAUGCGUAAUUGUUUCUCUCAACUUUACGCACGGCUUAUCUUAACUAUUGCCAAAUGAAACGUGAACAUAAGAUACCCUAAUUAAGUCAGUGCUUUAAUAUGUGAUUGAAUCAGAGCUCAAUGUGGCCCUCUUGGUAACUUGCACUAAGCGAGGCCUCCAUGGCGAAACUUCACCCUGUCAUGGUUGUGAACUUUGUUGGAUUAAAAGGUGAAAGUGUCGGUAGAGAUCCGUCAGACUGCCAACAAUACAAUUCAGGGUUUUUCAUAUUUGUUGAUCCCACGUGUAUGUAUGAUAUCAUUUCCAAUAUGACGCCAGCCAGUGCCAGGUUUUGUUAAUCUUUCUGAUUUUUUUAUUUUAUAAACGUGAUUAGAUAUUUUGUCUCAUUCAUGUUGGGGCCAUGUUUCAUUUUAAUUAGCACUUUUCCCUCUUUUCUAGGUUUGUGAAUUUCUUAAUAAACUUGUAUUUCUUA